AAAGCCGCCCAAGCUGACGACGUGGCUGAGUUACGGACCGGGGUGAUUCAAACAGGGCAGAGCGGCUUUGUUUGUUGCUAACUCAUAGAGCUGUAAUUCAGAUGUUUUAUCCAGCCUGUCUGAAACUUUAACUUCAUCACUGUGUGUAACAAUGUCCGGGAAAAUCAAGAGCCGAAGUGCGGCAAACGCAGACUUGAUAUCUGGUGGUGUCCCCUGCGAUGAGCGGAUCUUGCGGGAUUGUCAUGAACUGUACACGGAACCCGACAGCGGGUUGAUCACAGUGGCCGAAUCGGUUGGUGUGAAGCUGCUGCCUCCCAGAAAGAAAAUCACUGUGAUGCUGAUGGGAAACCACUCUGCUGGGAAAAGCUCCUUCAUCAACUGGUAUGUGGAAGAGCACAUCCAGCGCACUGGAGUAGCCAUUGAGACCCAAGGCUUCAGCUUUGUUACAAAUGGACGCAAGAGAGAGUCUCUCACAGGAAAUGCCACCCUACAUCUGUAUCCACACUUCAAGCCUCUGCAGGAAUUUAAAGGUGUUUCCGAGUACCUGAGCACAGAGAUCUGCACCUCUCGACAGAAACGGUUCAGCUUGGUGACGUUUGUUGAUUCGCCCGGGUUGGUGGAUGGCGAUAUGAAGUAUCCGUUUGACGUGGAUGAGGUUAUCCUGUGGCUGGGUGAUCUUUGUGACCUAAUUCUGGUCUUCUUUGACCCCAUGGGUCAGGCUCUUUGCAAGCGCACCCUCAACAUUGUGGAGAGCCUGAAUGAAAAACAUGGGGACCGGCUGCGGUUUUACCUGAGCAAGGCUGAUGAGGCCGGAGGAGAGUCGGACAGACAGAGGGUGAUGAUGCAGAUUGUCCAGGAGCUCUGCAAGCGCCCGGGACUCAACAAGUGUGGUUUUGACAUGCCCACCAUCUACAUUCCUAAUCCCAACAAGCCAAGCCGCUGUGUCAACCAGAUUGAGGAGGUUUGCCGUACCAUAGAGAAAACUAUCAACCAGACGGUCCAAAAUACGCUCAACUCUCUGGAGCGAGACUGUGAGCUUAUUGUUGAGGCUAUCACAGACAAGCUCAGUAAUGACAGGCAGACCACUGUUGAAAACCGACGUGCACGGUGCAAGAGCUGCUUCCUGACUCUGCUGGGUUUCUGCGUCCCUCUGACUCUAUUGGCGUUUCUGGUGCUGGGCGCUCUGUCCCAGGAUUUGCUGAAAGUAGUUCUGGGCAAGGAGGGUACAGAGACACUCGCCCUCUACCUGACUCCCAUAGUGAGAAUAUUCGACUCCCUGCCUGUGGAGCAGCGGCUUUAUGGCUGCGCUGGGCUCGUACUUCUGUCCUUUCUCCUGCUCAUCAUUGCGCGCUUCAUCUUCAGAACUCGACCCACUCUAUCAAACAAACAGAAAAGGCAACUACAGGAGAAGCUGGAGUACAUUAAGGAGGUGGUCAAGACCAAAAAGAAAAAGCUGUAUGAAGAAUACCUACGCCAGAGUGUCAGCGAUCACGACAUGGGCUUGUAGAGAUGCGCUUACGCACGGGCACGCACAAAUCUCCACUGUUACAAAGGACCGGAUGAAAUCAACACUUUUCUGAGAUUCCACACCAGCUGCUGUGCUCUGCAGACCACUCUGUGGUGUAUCUUUUGGCACAUUUGUUGAAACCCAUCCAAGUUCUGGUGCUCUGAAAACUGUAAAACCUCUUUACCUAUUAGAUAAUGUUACCUCUGGUUUUAAAAAAGGGUUAAGCCACACUACCUGCAGAAAAUGAGCUCGUUACUGAUCACUUACUUGUAUGCAUAUAUAUGCAUGUAUUCUGUGCCUCUUCUCCACUGAUAUGAAUUCAGACCUGUACCACUUUAAGAUACUUAAACAUUUCCAAACUAUUUAUAAGAUUUCUCACAUAUAAAGCACUGGUUUGUGUGAGUCACUUUGUAUGAGCUACUGUUUUUGAGGUCCUUCACCAGCGUUUUAUACGUGACUUUGACCUGUUAAUUAAUGAAUCCAUUUCAGAUCAUGAAUGUCUGCAGGUUAUGUAGGUUAGCUCAUAUGUAGAAUAUCCAACUGUCUGCAGUCAGAAGUGUUACCUGCAACCAAUCAAACCUUUUGUAUUUUCUUUCUACAUUGACCAUGUUUUAAACUUGAUUAAAUAAAAAAGCAAUGAUCAAUACUG